GAGUACGCUGCGGCUACUGUUGUUGUGGCCGAGAAACACCGGUCCCUGGGUGACAGGGCAGUAUGGAGUCUGUGUAUGUUUCAGUUUUAUUGAAAUAUGAAAAUCAGAUGAACGUCUUGUCGGAUUACCUGGAUAUAGAAGAGCUUCCUGAUAUAGAUGAACCAGUCUCCAUCCUGGGAAGGCAAUAUGACACCAAAACAGAAAAAUGUCAGCUGUUAUCAGAUAUAACUUCCCGCUUGUGGUUUACAUACAGAAAGAAGUUUUCUCCUAUUGGAGGAACGGGCCCCUCCUCUGAUUCAGGCUGGGGCUGUAUGCUGAGAUGUGGCCAGAUGAUGUUGGCACAAGCUUUAAUAUGUCAGCACUUAGGAAGGGAUUGGAGAUGGGAGAAACACAAGCAACAAACAAAAGAAUAUUACCAAAUCCUGCAUUGUUUUCAAGACCGAAAAGAUUGUUGUUACUCCAUUCAUCAAAUGGCACAGAUGGGGGUAGGAGAAGGCAAGUCCAUAGGAGAAUGGUUUGGACCAAACACAGUGGCUCAGGUAUUAAAAAAACUUGCUUUGUUUGAUGAAUGGAAUUCAUUAGCAGUCUAUGUAUCCAUGGAUAACACUGUGGUUAUUGAAGAUAUCAAAAAAAUGUGCAGGUACCAGCCUCACCACGAUGCUGCAGGCCAAGGUGGCUCCACCUAUAGAAACGCGUGGAGCAGAUGUACCGACACAUCAGGGCAAUCUUCAGGAUGGAGGCCGCUGCUGCUUAUUGUGCCUCUGCGACUGGGAAUAAACCACAUCAAUCCUGUUUACGUUGAUGCUUUUAAAGAAUGUUUUAAAAUGCCACAAUCUCUGGGAGCAUUGGGAGGAAAACCAAACAACGCCUACUAUUUCAUAGGCUUUUCAGGAGAUGAGCUGAUCUACCUGGAUCCUCACACCACGCAGCUCUUUGCUGAUACAGAGGAAGCUGGAGGUGCAGUGCAGGACCAUACCUAUCACUGCCAGAAAGGCCCAAACAGAAUGAAGAUCUUGAAUCUGGACCCUUCUGUGGCAUUAGGUUUCUUUUGUAAAGAAGAGACGGAUUUUGACCUAUGGUGUGGUGUUGUAGAGAAGGAAAUCCUAAAAAAGCAGAGUCUGCGAAUGUUUGAACUGGUGCCAAAGCAUCCCCCUCACUGGCCUCCUUUUAUACCUCCAGAGAAACCAGAAGUGACCACUACAGGCGCGGAACUAAUUGAAUCUACCGAUAAACUGUUUGACAUGGAAGAAGAGUUUGAGAUCUUGAGUGUUUGAGAUCUCUUGGUCCGGGUGCCACUAACUUUUCACAUCACUCAGUCACGCUUUUCUAACCAGGAAGUGCCUCAAACCCAAUGGAGAACAGAGCACAAGAGACUUGUUUCCUGGAGCGGGUAAAACAAAAUCUCAUGGAAAACCGUUACCCCUUCUGCUUCUUGUGUGCUUCUGGCUGACCACACAACAUACUAUGUGUUUACAGUUUAACCCCUUGUGUCUUAAAAGGGUUAAUGCAGUUGGCUUUGAGACUUUUGAAAUGUAGGAAUGAAGCCUGUGCAGGCUGUUGGACUCACUGAAAGCAUUAACGCAGUGCUUUUGUAGCAGCAAAAAGGUUCAAUAUUUCCUUUUUGCCAAUACUCCAAAAAUAAAUCUGUACUUUUUUCAAUUAGCACUUUCAAUUCUGGAAAUAUUAGGCAUCUUCAUGAAAGAUUUGUAGCAGUUUCCUUACAUUUAUGUAACAUGAGUAUUUGUUUUAUAUUGUUUAUAUGGACGUAACACAUGACACUGCCAAAUAGAACUUAAAGACAUACAGUCGUGUUCCUCAUACAGCUCCAAGCUGACAUUCUGUUAUAUGUACUAAGAUUUGUGUACUACCAAUCCAAUAGCAAGUUUUGAUGGUAAUCCUUUUUUAAAAAAAAAAUCAUAUUAUAACCUUUAUCAUUACUGUACCUCCUUUGGUUCCCCCUGAUGCAUAUUUUAUGUGUCUUUAUGGGGUAUUGUGCAACAGGUUUUUGUUAUAUAUAUUUUUUUAAUUACAAUAAACAAGUCAGUAAAAAGACAGGAAAAUAGUAGUUAAAUGUACUUGUUUAUACAGAAAACAAUGCUGUUCUGCCAGUAUAUAAAUGCAGUUACAUAUAAGAUAAUGUUAAUAAUAUUUUCCUCUUGGAUAAAUGACAGUGUCACUUUCAAUGUGUUACACCAUGUAGUAAGAUUUUAACUAUACAAGUGUAUGCUAAUACAAAUACCCUCGAACAAUGUAUUAUCUUUUAAUGUUGUUACUUCUCUCAGAUGUCUAAAAAUGCAAUUCUUUUAAUGGUUGAUAAGUAUUGGUCUUUUUACAUAUGUAUCUGUCAGAAUAAGUUUGUGACAAUCACCUGUGUUUGACUUUUGCAAGAUUUAUUUAAACAAACACAAAGCAAUAUAUACAUUAUAUAUAUAUAUAUAUAUAUAUAUAUAUAUAUAUAAAAUCACCAUGAGUGUUUAAAUUUAAGAAGUACUUUGAAACCAGCCACCAUUGUAAUUCAUUAAAAUGCACUGAAUGCUUGUUUUACUCAUAAGAUAUCCAACGUAUUUGUUUAAUCAGUAAUGUUUCCUUUUGUAAUAAUAUGCAAAAUGCACCUUUGUAUUCCUUUGUUAUAUACUUAUGGUUUUACCCUCUUUUUUUGUUUUAUUUAUUUUUAAAUACAAUAGAUUUAUACUCA